GCGGCGGCGGCGGCGGCGUGACUGCAGCGGCGCCGGCCGCCGCGCCGAGGGCGCCCGAGGCGCCGGCUUGCCCGGAGCUGGACCUGGACCUGGUGCUGCGGACGGUCCGCUGGCUCGCGGCGGCGCCGCCGCCCAAGGGCUCCGCCGCGGAGGCGGCCACCCGCGGCGCGCUGGCGGAGGCCGCGCGGCCGCUGGUGCGCGUUCGGGCUGCCAAGUACGAGGAGGACGCUCAGGCGGUGAAGGUUGCGAAGGCAGCGGGUGGCGGUCACCUUCUGGGUGCAGGCAAGAAGCGGCAGGUCUUCGGCUCCGUGGACGCCGGCGCGGCAGGUGGCGCGGUGGUACCUCCGGCGGACACGGAGGUUGGCGGCGCUGCUCUGGCGAUGAUGACGCUGGCGGCCAAGCCCGAGGUCUUGGCAUCGCCGGCCUGCAAGCCUCUCCGGGCAGCGCUGCACCCUCUCGUGGAGGCCCACCUGCAGGAGGAGAAGGCCUCGCCCGCCUUCCGGGUCACCUGCAUGCUCGCCCUCCGCGGCCGCUGGGGUGAGGCCCUGAAGCUGCUCGCCGAGAUGCGGAGGGCAGACGUGCCCAGGCGGCCCAAGCUGGGAGCGUACCAGCGGUGGGUCCGCGAGCUGAACGUCGCCUCCGGCGACGCCAGGGAGCUGCUCAUGCUGGAUGCCAUCAUGCGCCUGGCAGCGGCGCCCGCGCCCGCGGAGGGGACGCUGGAGCUGCACGAGCCCUGGCGGCCCGCGAUGGACGCGGCCCGGCUGGUCACCCGGCUGGUAACCCGGCUGGUAGCCCGGCUGUUAACUGCGCGCCCGGCCGGUAACCCGGCUGUUAGCCCCAGCCCGGCUGGUAACCCGGCUGGUAACCCGGCUGGUAACCCGGCUGUUAACUCCCAGCCCGGCCGGUAA